AUGCUAAGCAAGAGAAACAGUAGAAACUAUGAAGAUGAUAACUCUGGUUCGUGUCUGAAAAAACAAAAGCAUGAUGACACUGGGAGAAGAAGAAGAGUACCAGGAAGAGGUCCUGGUGUUGCCGAACUCGAAAAGAUCCGUCUCGAAGAGAAACACAUCUCUACCACUGCACCACUUCCUCCGCCAGAAAAAUCUCCGGCGGCGGUGAUUCUUCCUACCACCACGAAGAGAACCGGCCCGGUUUACCCGUUCUCGUCUUGUAUCCCAACCGGAUCUUUCCCGGAUGAUUUGAUUCCACCGGCUCCAGUGUUUCAUAGGAAUCACGAUUUAUCGUCUCUUCACUAUCUCCCACCGAUGAAUCUACCAAAUCCACAAUGUUAUCAGUUUAUAGAGCCCCCUUCAAACCAAACAUCUUGCCAACAGAAUAUCUUGCUUGCAAAACGGUCAUGGCAAGUUAUCGCAGAGACUAGAAAAUGUAACACUGGACCGACCUUAACCAUCCCAAGAGAUGGUAAACAAAUCAAGUCACUAGACCGAAAACUGAAAAAUCAUUUUCAAGAUUCAGGAACCACAAUUAGAAAUCCAAUCACCUUUGAUUCUCCUUCACCAGCAACUCUUCCUACACAACCAAUUAUGCCAACAUUUUCACUCGAUUUUCCGCACUCCAUGCAGAAGGAGGGGUUUUAUCAUGACAUCAUGCCACAAAGGAACAGUGCUGCUAUUUCCUCAAACAGAAAACCGUUCUACAGCUUCUUGUCCUCAAAUGAUGAGCAGAGUACUCGCGACCAAGAUCUAUCAUUUAGUUUGAAAACUGAGGGCACUGAUCACGGCAUUGAUCUUCGCCUUAAGUUAUAA